UUGAGCACCGAAACUCUGCGGGGAAACCCUAAAGGGAAGGUAAACUCGACUCCAAAGCAUUCCUCUCCCGUUGACCCCGGUUCUUCGGGGAUAUUCAUUGGUGGAAUCCCUCGAUACGACUUGGACGCUCGUGCGAGGAGGACCAUUGGCAAGGUUGUACCGUCAUCGUCAUCGUGCAACUCAAGCCGCCCAGCCCCCUGGCGAGACACGACAGCCGAUCGUCGGUCUGUCCAAUGCCCCGAGGAAGCACCGUUACGCGCGGGGAACAGGGCCCUUCGGCGAGGAAGACCCGAAGCAACGGUUUUCCCCAAAUAUGCACGUCUAUCCCUUCUCCGCGAGGAGGGUUGCAGACUACACAGUACGUGGCUACCUUAUUGUGGAAACUGAAACCGCGCCACGAUGGUGUCGAAAGGAUUUUGGAAGAGGCGCUCCCUGCGGGUGCCCGAUGACCAGCAGACGAAGGCCGCAGAACUGACACUGCGAGAUUCGAUAUACCCCAUCUGCCUAGUCACCAUCCUGUUCUUCCUCUGGGGGUUCACGCGUACCCCCCUCGCCUCCCUCGGACACGCAGCAUGGAUUCUACGACACUUUGGCUACCGCGCCGUCUUCAUCUGGGGUCUGUUCCUGUACGGCCUCGGGGCACUGCUCGCGAUUCCCGCCAUUAUUGGUAGAUCCUUUGGUGGCUUCUGCGUCUGCAUUUUCAUCAUCGGCAACGGGCUUGGCUCGCUCGAAACUGCGGCUAACCCGUACAUCACCGUCUGCGGGCCCCCCAAGUUCUCCGAGAUCCGCAUCAACAUCGCGCAGGCCUUCAACGGCAUCGGCACAGUCAUCGCGCCCGUCCUGGGCUCUUACGUCUUCUUCAACUUCGACGACGACGUGGCCCUGCGCAACGUACAAUGGGUAUACCUGGCGAUCGCCUGCUUCGUCUUCCUGCUCGCGGGCGUCUUCUUCCUCUCCGUCAUCCCCGAGAUCACCGACGCCGACAUGGCCUUCCAAGCCUCGGAGACCCACGCCGGCACGCAGGACAAGCCCUUCCGCAAGCAGUACCGCCUCUUCCACGCCGCCUUCGCCCAGUUCUGCUACACGGGCGCCCAGGUCGCCAUCGCGAGCUACUUCAUCAACUACGCCGUCGAGACCCGCUCCAACACCGACUCCGCCCUGGCCUCCAAGUUCCUCGCGGGGUCCCAGGCCGGGUUCGCCAUCGGCCGUUUUGGUGGCGCCGCGCUCAUGCACUUCAUCAAGCCCCGGAAAGUGUUUCUCCUCUUCCUGACGUUGUGCAUCGUCUUCGGCGCGCCGGCCAUCACGCAGCGCGAGAACACCGGGUUGAGCAUGCUGUUCGUGGUCAUGCUGUUCGAGUCCAUCUGCUUCCCGACCAUCGUCGCGCUGGGCAUGCGCGGUCUGGGGCGGCACACCAAGCGCGGGUCGGGCUGGAUCGUGGGCGGCGUGAUGGGCGGCGCGUGCGUGCCGCCGCUGAUGGGCCUGGCGGCGGAUCGCCAUGGGACGGGGUUCUCCAUGAUUGUGCCGACGUUGUUUUUUGUGGCGGCCUGGUCGUAUGCGCUGGCGGUGAACUUUGUGCCGGCGUAUCGGGAUACGGUCGAUGCGUUUUCGACUACGGAGGUCGGGUUGCGGGAACGGGAUGAGGAUGCGGUGGUUGGGGGGGGAGCGGUGACAAGUGGAACGGAUGUCAAGGUUGCGGGCGUGGAGAACCCGGAGGUGGCUAACGUGGAGAAGGUUUGAGACGGAUGGCAGUGGGUAAAUAGCCUGCCGGGGAGACGGUGGUCAUGAUAGUGAAUGGAAGUUGUCUCUUCAUAUCAUGAUCAAUAUAUUCCACACGAGUUCCCGCCGGUCCAGAUACGAGCCAUUAUGGGUGUCACGACAAGCGAAGAUUCGACGCCCAAACGCGGCAUUGUCUAAUAAUGC